GUAUCAUCUGAACUGAGAUCUGCUGCUGUGACGAUGAUGUUUGUUAAAGAGGAGAGUAAAGAGAACACGAGUGAACCAGAAACCUGGAGAAUAAAACACGAGGAAACAGAAACCUGGAGAAUAAAACCUGAGGAACCAGAAACCUGGAGAAUAAAACCUGAGGAACCAGAAACCUGGAGAAUAAAACCUGAGGAGCCAGAAACCGGGAGAAUAAAACCUGAGGAGCCAGAAACCGGGAGAAUAAAACCCGAGGAACCAGAAACCUGGAGAAUAGAACCCGAGGAGCCGAAAACCCGGAGAAUAAAACCCGAGGAGCCAAAAACCCGGAGAAUAAAACCUGAGGAGCCAGAAACCCGGCGAAUAAAACCCGAGGAGCACAAGACCUGGAGAAUAAACCACGGGGAGCCAGAAACCCGGAGAAUAAAACACGAGGAGCCAGAAACCCGGAGAAUAAAACCCGAGGAGCCAGAAACCCGGAGAAUAAAACCCGAGGAGCCAGAAACCCGGCGAAUAAAACCCGAGGAGCCAGAAACCCGGCGAAUAAAACCCGAGGAGCCAGAAACCCGGCGGAUAAAACCCGAGGAGCCAGAAACCCGGCCAAUAAAACCCGAGGAGCCAGAAACCCGGCCAAUAAAACCCGAGGAGCCAGAAACCCGGCCAAUAAAACCCGAGGAGCCAGAAACCCAGAGAAUAACCAGAGACCGAGAGAAUAAAACGCAAGGAGCCAGGAGAAUAAAACAUGAAGAACAAGGAGACCUAAUGAAAGAAGAAAGGCAAGAUCUGAAUGAGGUGGAGGAGGAAUAUCAGGAUCAGAAAGAUAAUGUCGUCAAUGGAGAAAAAUCAGUGAGUUGCAGGAUUAAAACAACAGAAGUCAAAAGGCCUUUCAGCUGUUCUCAGUGUGGACAGAGUUUCAUACGUAACAUAUGCCUUAAGAACCACAUGAUAAUUCAUACUGGAAUAAAGCCUUUCAGCUGCUCUCAGUGUGGAAAGAGUUUCAGACGUAACAGUAGUCUUAAGGAUCACAUGUUAAUUCAUACUGGAAUAAAGCCUUUCAGCUGCUCUCAGUGUGGAAAUAGUUUUACACGCAAAGAAAGCCUUGAGAUGCACAUGUUAAUUCAUACUGGAAUAAAGUGUUUCACUUGCUCUCAGUGCGGAAAGAGUUUUACACAGAAGGGACAACUUAUGAAUCAUUUGGUAACUCACUCUUCAGAUAAACCUUUCAGCUGCUCUCAGUGUGGAAAGAGUUUUACAUAUAAAGCAAACCUUAAGAACCACAUGUUAAUUCAUACUGGAAUAAAGCCUUUCAGCUGUUCUCAGUGUGGAAAGAGUUUUACACAGAAGGGUAACUUAAAGACUCACAUGUUAAUUCAUACUGGGUAAAAGUCUUUGACUUGCUCUCAGUGUGGAAAAACUGUGGAAAAAUACACAGAAAGGACAUUGCAAGGUUCAUUUGGUAACCCACUCUUCAUAAAAGCCUUUCACCUUGGGGAGUUAAAGUAAAUGACUGUUUUUCUAAAAGACUUGUCAUCAACUGGAUCACCUCAAGGAUGUGUCCUCUCCCCCUUAUUAUUUAUCUUGUUCACAAAGACUGUAAGAGUAGUUUUAGAAAUAGGCAUAUUAUAAAAUUUGCUGAUAAUUCCGUAAUCGUUAGCUUAAUGAGUGAGGAGGACUCCAUGAUUGGCCCUGUGGUUUAUGAUUUUAUUAUGUGGUAUCAGAAUGCUUUCUUGAAACAUACU